AUGGCUACACACUUUACCAAAAAUGCAGAGGAGAACCCGGAACCCUGUAAGGCAGAAGUUAAAGGAAGUAUUCCCAGCUGGCUGCAAGGCACGCUGCUGCGCAAUGGCCCCGGCAUCUUCUCUGUAGGGGAAACCAGCUACGACCACUGGUUUGAUGGGAUGGCUGUCAUGAACAGUUUUGCCAUUAAAGAUGGUGAAGUGACCCACAGAAGCAGAUUUCUUCGAGGGGACACCUACAAAACCAACAUGGCUGCAAACAGGAUUGUUGUGUCUGAAAUGGGAACAAUGGCCUACCCUGACCCCAGCAAGAAUUUCAUUUUUAAGGCGAUUACGUUUCUCAACCACACAGUGCCCGACUUCACUGACAACGGUGCAAGCAAUUUCAUUAAAUAUGGAAAUGAUUAUUAUGCAACUUCUGAAACCAACUACAUUCGCAAAAUUGAUCCUGUGACGCUGGAAACUCAGGACAAGGUGGACUACAUGAAGUACCUGCCGGUAAACUUGGUUUCGUCCCAUCCGCACUACGACAAAGAGGGCAACACCUACAACAUUGGAACUUCGAUAGCAGAGAAGGGCAAGACUAAAUACAUACUGUUCAAAGUCCCCGCUGUUUCAGAGAAAGACAAAGACACGAAUGCCCCCGCCCUGAAGAAUGUGGAGGUGAUCUGCACUGUCCCCUGCCGCUCCCUGCUCACUCCCAGCUACUACCACAGCUUCGGCAUGACGGACAACUACUACAUCUUCAUCGAGCAGCCGUUAAAACUGGACAUCCUCAAGAUGGCCACUGCGUACAUGAGGGGAGUCAACUGGGCGAGCUGCCUGAAGUUCUGCCCUGAGGACAAUACUCUGAUCCACCUGAUAGACAGAAAGACUGGCAAAGUGGUCGAGACAAAGUACUACACUGGAGCAAUGGUCGUCUUCCAUCAUGUGAAUGCUUUUGAGGACGACGGUCACGUGGUUUUCGACGUGAUCGCCUACACUGAUAACAGCCUUUAUGAUAUGUUCUACAUGAGCAAGCUGAAGGAAAAUGCUGGGUUCAACGAUGAUAACUACUCCAAACCAAGCUACAAACGAUUUGUACUUCCCAUCCAGUCAGACAAGGGCGUGGCAGUUGGAGAGGACCUGGUGAAGCUCAAGUACACGACAGCCAGUGCUGUGAAGGAGAAGGAGGGCAAACUACUGUGCGAGGCCGAAGUGUUCUGUGAAGGUUUUGAAUUGCCCAGAAUGAAUUAUGACGUCAACGGCAAGAGGCACCGAUUUGUCUACGGGAACUGUGUGGAGGAGUCUGCGCAGGCAAAAGAGAUUGCAAAGUUUGACACUGAAACCAAGGAAAGGGUUUACUGGAGGGAGGACAACUGCUGGCCGUCAGAGCCUGUGUUCAUCCCUAGACCCAACGGAGAGUCGGAGGAUGAUGGUGUGGUCUUAACAUCAGUUAUCAACUCCAACCCAGGCCAGUCUUGUUUCAUCCUGAUUCUUGACGGCAGAACAUUUAAAGAAGUAGCUCGUGCAUACGUGAAGGCUGAGCUCAUCAAGGAUGUGCAUGGAUUUUUUAUCCCUCAAGAAAAUUAGACAGUUGUGUACGUGUAAAAUGUGCUGCACGGCACAGGAAUCUAUUUGAACAUUUAAAAACGCACUGCUGAAUAGUACUGUGUUUUAGACAGAAGCGUGAUGAGGAAGUUCAUGGUUUCACGGACUACCUCAUCUUUGUAAAAGUAUCAAACAAAGUUUUCAUUGGUAUGUUUAUUAAAAUAAAAUGCAGAUUUCUUGAUUUUGCGUGGAUCAAAAUGUCACUUCAGUAUGUAUAUAGCACUGUUUAUUAUCUAGUCCAGGGGUCUUCAACGUUUGUCAGGCCGAGGACCCCCAAACUGGUGUAGCAUGGAGCAGGGACCCCCUACUGCAGCGGUAUUCAAACGAAUAAUAUCUGACAGGAAUGCUGUCGGAGUCUGUAUAUAUAUAUAUAUAUAUUUGCUUUAUCUAUAAACAAUUGUGCGACCCCCCUGCAGUACCCCUGUUGAAGACCUAUGAUCUAGUCCAUAUUAUUCUAUUGCAUUGUAAUGUCGAUCAUUGUACUUGUGCUCAUCCUUUUCAUUAAAAACCAAAAAGACUACAA